UACUCGGCGGGCUAAGAGUUAACAGCUGCACCUGUUGAGGUAUCCCUGCAGUCGCCGGCACCUGUACCUGCAGCCAAUCAGCGCCAGCACUGCUGGGAACCUACCUGUCAGCAAAAUCUCGACACUCAAACCUCAACAUAAAUCAAACACUUCCCUGGGCAGGGAAUGUCUGUGUCAGGCAAGAAUUAGAGACAAGCGGUCAGCAGAGCCUCAGCGCUGAUCGUCGGAGCCUGGGAGCAGGAAGAUGUCGAAUGAACUUGAUUUUAGGUCUGUGCGGCUGCUGAAGAACGACCCAGUCAACUUGCAGAAGUUCUCUUACACUAGUGAGGAUGAGGCCUGGAAGACAUACCUAGAAAACCCCUUGACAGCUGCGACGAAGGCCAUGAUGAGAGUCAAUGGAGACGAUGACAGCGUUGCAGCCCUGAGCUUCCUGUAUGAUUACUACAUGGGUCCCAAGGAGAAGCGGAUAUUGUCCUCCAGCACUGGGGGCAGGAAUGACCAGGGAAAGAGGUACUAUCAUGGCAUGGAAUAUGAGACGGACCUCACCCCCCUUGAAAGCCCCACACAUCUCAUGAAAUUCCUGACAGAGAAUGUGUCUGGAACUCCAGAGUACCCAGAUUUGCUCAAGAAGAAUAACCUGAUGAGCUUGGAGGGGGCCUUGCCCACCCCUGGCAAGGCAGCUCCGCUCCCUGCAGGCCCCAGCAAGGUGGAGGCCAGCUCUGUGGACAGCUACCUGUUGCCCACCAGUGAUAUAUAUGACAAUGGCUCCCUCAACUCCUUGUUUGAGAGCAUUCAUGGGGUGCCACCCACCCAGCGCUGGCAGCCAGACAGCACCUUCAAAGAUGACCCACAGGAGUCGAUGCUCUUCCCAGAUAUCCUGAAAACAUCCCCAGAACCCCCAUGUCCAGAGGACUACUCCAGCCUCAAAAGUGACUUUGAAUACACCCUGGGCUCCCCCAAAGCCAUCCACAUCAAGUCGGGCGAGUCACCCAUGGCCUACCUCAAUAAGGGCCAGUUCUACCCUGUCACCUUGAGGACCCCAGCAGGUGGCAAAGGCCUUGCCUUGUCCUCCAACAAAGUCAAGAGUGUGGUGAUGGUUGUCUUCGACAAUGAGAAGGUCCCGGUAGAGCAGCUGCGCUUCUGGAAGCACUGGCAUUCCCGGCAACCCACUGCCAAGCAGCGGGUCAUCGACGUGGCUGACUGCAAAGAAAACUUCAACACCGUGGAGCACAUUGAGGAGGUGGCCUAUAACGCGCUGUCCUUCGUGUGGAACGUGAAUGAAGAGGCCAAGGUGUUCAUCGGUGUCAACUGUCUGAGCACAGACUUUUCCUCACAAAAGGGGGUGAAGGGUGUCCCUCUGAACCUGCAGAUUGACACCUAUGACUGUGGCUCGGGCACUGAGCGCCUGGUACACCGCGCUGUCUGCCAGAUCAAGAUUUUCUGCGACAAGGGAGCUGAGAGGAAGAUGCGCGAUGACGAGCGGAAGCAGUUCCGGAGGAAGGUCAAGUGCCCCGACUCCAGCAACAGUGGAGUCAAGGGCUGCCUGCUCUCCGGCUUCAGGGGCAAUGAGACUACCUACCUUCGGCCAGAGACUGACCUGGAGACGCCGCCCGUGCUGUUCAUCCCCAACGUGCACUUCAACAGCCUGCCGCGCUCUGGAGGGGCAGUCCCCUCGGCAGGACCCUGCAGCUCCAACAGGCUGCCUCUGAAGCGUACCUGCUCGCCCUUCACUGAGGAGUUUGAGCCUUCGCCCUCCAAGCAGGCCAAGGAAGACGACCUUCAGAGAGUCCUGUUGUAUGUGCGGAGGGAGACCGAGGAGGUGUUUGAUGCGCUCAUGUUGAAGACCCCAGACCUGAAGGGGCUGAGAAAUGCGAUCUCUGAGAAGUAUGGGUUCCCUGAAGAGAACAUUUACAAAGUCUACAAGAAAUGCAAGCGAGGAAUCUUAGUCAACAUGGACAACAACAUCAUUCAGCAUUACAGCAACCACGUUGCCUUCCUGCUGGACAUGGGGGAGCUGGACGGCAAAAUUCAGAUCAUCCUUAAGGAGCUGUGAGGCCUUUCGAGCAUCCAAACCCUCGCGACCAGCAAGGGGCCAGUGGUGACGUGGCCCCACGCCACACACAACCUCUCCACAUGCCUCAGCGCUGUUACUUGAAUGCCUUCCCUGAGGGAGGAGGCCCUUAAGUCACAAACCCACCAAUGUCAGGGCCAGGAAGAGACCUGGGAGGUCCCCUGGCCUGAACCCUCACGGCAUGCUGGAAUCUGCUCCCUAAACUUCCUGCCAGUGCCUCCCAAAACAAUGUCACUGUGGCUACUACCCACCCGACAGACUGUUCCCUCCUCCCAAGACCCUGUCUGCAGUGGCCUCCUGCAGGCUGCCCGUUAAGACAGUGGCGGCACGCACUCCCUCCCACAGCACCACACCGGCUGGGGCGGCCCCACUCUCCGUCUCCCUUCAACUUCAGACAAAGGAUGUUUCACCCUUUGGUCAGUUAACUUGAAAACUUGAUUUUCAGUGCAAAUGACUUAAAAGACACUAUAGUGAAAGAGUCUCUUUCUCACAGACUUCCUCAAUGCAAGAUGUAAAUAGCACCAAUGAUUGACUGGAACAAAGUGACCGCUGUGUAUAACUACUGCCUUGCCACUCACUGUUGUAUACAUUUCUUAUUUACAAUUUUCAUUAUGUGUUAUAUAUAUAUGAAUAUAUUGUAUAUAUGUGCAACAUUUUGUAUUUUUCAUGGAUACAUUUUUAUCAUUUCAAAAAUGUGUAUUUCGCAUUUCUUGGACUUUUUUUUAGCAGUUAUUCAGUGAUGCAUUUUUGUAUACUCACGUGGUAUUUAGUAAUAAAAGUCUACCUAUGUAUUACUUCACAU